AUGGCUGAUAGUCCCUCUCAGUCCGAGCCGCUGCCUUCGCCGGAACUCAAUGACGACUUCAAGAAGCCAGCCCUGCCGGUGCCCCCGGUGGCGCAGAGUAAGGCCCAGGCCAACAAUCCUCCAAACCCGGAGGAAGUGAAGGAAAGGCCCACGGCGCUGCCGGACUCUGAUUCCGGGGAGCCUGAUGUCCCGCCGGCCCUGCCGGACAGCGGGGAGACUAGGGGUCCAGCGGAGGAGCAGCCGCGGCCCCACACGGCGGCUCCUUCCCCUGGCGGCCCGGCCCGGGCGCCCCCUUACCGAGAGCCGCCGUGGGGCGGCCCCACCACGGCCCCCUACAGCCUCGAGACACUAAAAGGAGGCACCAUCCUGGGCACCCGGAACUUGAAAGGACUGAGUUGCUGCCUUUUCGGGAGGCUGCCUAGCUGUGACGUGUGCCUGGAGCAUCCUUCGGUGUCUCGCUACCACGCCGUGCUGCAGCACAGAGUGUCCGGCCUCGAUGCAGAAGGCGACGGCCACGGGCCUGGCUUCUAUCUCUACGAUUUGGGAAGCACCCACGGCACUUUCCUUAACAAAACCCGCAUCCCACCCCGCACCUAUUGUCGGGUCCACGUCGGACAUGUUCUUCGGUUUGGAGGCAGCACCCGGCUCUUUCUUCUUCAGGGACCAGAGGAAGAUCGAGAGGCAGAAUCCGAGUUGACAGUAACGCAACUGAAGGAAUUGCGCAAGCAGCAACAAAUGAUGUUGGAAAAGAAGAUGCUGGGAGAAGACUCAGAUGAAGAAUUGGAAAUGGAUACCGCUGAAAGAAAGAGAAAUACUAGUAGUCAGGACGAUGAAAUGGGCUGCACCUGGGGAAUGGGAGAAGAUGCUGUAGAGGAUGAGGCUGAAGAGAACCCCAUUGUCUUAGAGUUUCAACAGGAAAGAGAGGCUUUUUAUAUAAAGGAUCCAAAAAAGGCUCUCCAAGGUUUUUUUGACAGAGAAGGAGAAGAAUUAGAGUAUGAAUUUGAUGAACAGGGUCAUAGCACUUGGCUCUGCAGGGUGAGAUUACCUGUGGAUGAUUCAACUGGAAAACAGCUAGUGGCAGAGGCCAUUCACUCAGGAAAGAAAAAAGAAGCAAUGAUUCAGUGCUCACUGGAAGCUUGUCGAAUCCUCGAUACUUUGGGAUUGCUGCGGCAGGAGGCGGUAUCUCGGAAAAGGAAAGCCAAGAACUGGGAAGAUGAAGACUUUUAUGACAGUGAUGAUGACACAUUUCUUGAUCGGACUGGCCUGGUUGAAAAGAAGCGUCUGAAUAGAAUGAAGAAGGCUGGGAAGAUUGACGAGAAGCCAGAGACCUUUGAAUCACUGGUUGCGAAGUUAAAUGAUGCUGAAAAGGAACUCUCUGAAAUUUCUGAGAGACUGAAAGCCUCCAGCAAAGCUCUGUCAGAGUCACCGUCUCAGGACUCUUUAGAUGCAUUCAUGUCAGAAAUGAAGUCAGGGAGUGCAUUAGAUGGUGUGUCCCGGAAGAAACUUCACCUGAGAACUUUUGAACUGAGAAAAGAACAGCAGAGACUUAAAGGGUUGAUAAAGAUUGUAAAGCCAGCAGAGAUUCCAGAACUAAAAAAAACUGAAAGUCAGGCUACAGAUGGAGAAAACAAAGCUAAAAAGCUCACAUUGCCUCUCUUUGGUGCCAUGAAAGGAGGAAGCAAAUUCAAAUUAAAAACGGGAACAGUAGGGAAGUUACCCCCCAAGCGUCCAGAACUCCCUCCAACUCUAAUGAGAAUGAAGGAUGAGCCUGAAGUAGAGGAGGAGGAAGAGGAGGAGGAAGAGGAAGAGGAGAAAGAAAAGGAGGAGCAUGAAAAGAAAACGGAGGCUGGGAGCAGUAGGCUGCAGCAGGAGACAGAGCCGGAAGAAGCAGUGCAGGAGACGAGUCCUCCCAUAGACUUCACAUGUUCUAAAGAAACAAAAAACCAUGAAAACAUGUCUCAACUCAGCCAAGUGGAACAGAAUAAAGAUUACCAAGAGAUUAGUGAAGCAGCUGCGUCGUGUGAGGAGCCCUCAGCAUCAAAGAAUGAGAAUGAGAAAAGCAGAGAUGAAUUCAAGAAAAAGAAAGCUCCUGGUCCAGGAAAAGUUCCACUGAUACUUUCCUCCAAAUAUCCAGAAGAUGACCCAGAUUACUGUGUGUGGGUCCCACCUGAAGGCCAAAGUGGAGAUGGCAGGACCCAUCUUAAUGACAAGUAUGGGUAUUGAUUGCUUCUGAAUCUUAAAGGAAGACCUUGUGGACCAUGUGACAUGGGGUAUUUAGGAUAAUAUAUCAAGUUGAAUGUCCGGAGAAGGAAUUCAGAUGCUCAUUUGUAAAAUCUGGUGACUGGCAUUUUCUUCUGUACUCAUAGCUUCCUAAAUUUACCUACCUAUCUGAUUCUCUUGAAUUUGAUAUUUAUGUUUAAAAGUGUUUGUGUAUAUAUGUAAAAAGGAACCAUAUAUUUUGAGAAUUAGUAAAGUGAGAGACAUGAGUCUAUUAAAGUAAGAAACUGAAAA